AUGCUUACUUCGAGGACGAUGGUGACGGGCGCGACGGAGACGCAAAGGCCAGGCUGCGUGGUGGCGGGGCCUGGCGCGGAGGGCGAAUCCGAGAACGACGGGGACGAUGCCGGCGCGGCGCCACAGGGCGAGGACGUGAUCCCCACGGCGAUUGUGAUCAAGAACAUCCCGUUUGCGAUCAAGAAGGAGCAGCUCCUGGAGGUGAUUGCGAAGAUGGACCUUCCGUUACCGUAUGCGUUCAACUACCACUUUGACAACGGCGUAUUCCGCGGGCUCGCGUUUGCGAACUUCACGACGACAGAAGAGACGAUGCAGGUGGUGCAACACUUGAACGGCAAGGAGAUUGGGGGCCGGCGCUUGCGGGUGGAGUACAAGAAGAUGCUUCCGCAGGCGGAGCGCGAGCGCAUCGAGCGCGAGAAGCGCGAGAAACGCGGACAGUUGGAGGAGCAGCACCGCUCGGUCUCCAACGUCUCGCUACAGUCCAUGGGGAAGAUGCCGUCUACAAAUGUGCUAGCGCCGGGGCCUUCGAGCUCGCAGAUUUUCAGCAACUUUGUGAACGGCCCGGGCGCAGGGGGCGUCUCCUCGCAGGCCGUGGGCCCUGCGCCGCUGUCCUCGCAGAUGCUUUCGGCGCAGAGCACCGCGCACUCUGUCGGCCUUCCCAAGCCGCAGUCUUUAUCUUCUGAGCGGUACUAUGCGCCGCUGCCUGCGACCAGCAACCUGCUGCUAGCGCCGCAGCAGCUAGAUUUCAACGACCCGGACGUUUUGGAAAUAUACUCGCAGCUUCUUUUGUUCAAAGAUAGAGAAAGACAGUACCACGAAUUGGCGUAUCCGCUCGGACUAUCCGCUGCACAGAAGCGGAUCAUCAACGUAUUGUGUUCCUUCUUGGGCUUGGUGGAGGUAUACGAUCCGAGCUUCAUCCUCAUCAGGCGCAAGGUGCUAGACCACGCAACCCUGCAGUCACAUCUGCAGCAACAAGGCCAGGCUACCGCAGCACAGCCACUACAGGCACACUCCACAGGCGACUCGCUCCAGCGCUCCCAGUCGUACACCAGCGUCCUUCAGGUGCAUGCGGCGGCCACCGUUGCGGCCGCGCAACAACAGCAGCGCCAGUCGCAGGUCUCGUCCCAGCAAAUGCAGUCGCAGCAAGUGAUGCAGCAGCCGCCUCAGUCGCCCGGCCAGGUCCUCUUACACCCGAUUGCCUCCUACGACGGGAUAUCGUCUGCCCAGCAGCAGCAGCAACAGCUCCUGCGCUCCCAGGGCACCACCCCCUCGUUGCUCCAGAACAGGAUCCCCUCGGGCUACGCGACCACACACACGCCGUCCUCGUCCUUGUUGCGUCAGCACGGCGUCUCGCCGCCCCAGAACCAAGUCCCCAUGAACUCCUCCACCUCCACCAGCCGCAUGGCCAACCUAUUGUACAAUAAUGCCAGCGCGCUCUCGCAGCCUAACACUCCUUCCUUGGCCAACGAUAGCCGCUUUCACCCCCCUGGCUUGCAGCCUCCGGACAGCGGCACCUCGUGUACCACGCCCUCCAACAGCGCCACUGUCGCCACCGGCGCCACCGCGCCCCUGGCACCCCAACAUACCAAUGGCAGCGUCCACUCCAACUAUUCCGUCCACUCCAUUCAUGACUACGUCCCCAUAUCCUCUGCCGGCAACGAAAUCAACGCAUUGGAGGAGGGCUUGACCCGCAGCUUGAGCGGCUUGGACAUCGGCAAACGUAACGUCUGGGGCUAA